AUGUCCGUUCCUACGCGAUGUUCCGUGCUUGUCAUUGGAGGCGGUCCAGCCGGCUCAUAUGCAGCUUCCGUGCUGGCUCGUGAGUCGGUGGAUGUCGUGUUGCUGGAGGCAGACGUCUUUCCAAGAUAUCACAUCGGCGAGAGUAUGAUCGCGUCCAUGCGCUACUUCCUUCGUUUCAUUGGCCUAGAGGAAGAUUUCGACAAGCAUGGCUUUACGAAGAAGUUUGGGGCAACAUUCAAGAUCACGGACAAGCGUGCCGCGUAUACCGACUUUUCUGUUUCGCUCGGGCCAGAAGGUCAUACUUGGAACGUCGUUCGUUCCGAAGCGGACGAGAUGAUUUUCCGACACGCCGGAAAGAGUGGCGCACAAAUAUUUGACGGCACCAAAGUUAACGAUAUAACUUUCGUGCCGUAUGAGCAAGAUGGCUUCACUUCAGAUGCGCGAGUCGCUAAUCCUGGCCGUCCUGUAUCCGCAAGCUGGUCAAGAAAGGACGGAUCUGGUGGCAGUAUUGAAUUUGACUACCUCAUCGAUGCCAGCGGCCGGGCGGGCAUCAUAUCGACCAAGUAUCUCAAGAAUCGCAAAAUGAACGAAGCCUUGAAGAACAUCGCGAAUUGGGCAUACUGGAAGGGUGCAGCGCCUUAUGCCAAGGGUGAGAGGAACGAAAAUUCGCCCUUCUUCGAGGCUUUGAAGGACGGGAGUGGCUGGUGUUGGGCGAUUCCUCUCCACGAUGGGACAUUAUCCAUUGGCAUCGUUGCUCGUCAGGAUAUCUUCAACGCCAAGAAAAAGGCUGCAGGUUUGCCCAGUGAGGAGUUCUACCGGCGCAGUCUCAAGGAGCUCUGCCCAGAGAUCUCGGAGUUGGUCAAGGACGCGCAAAUAGUUAGCGGCAUCAAACAAGCAGCGGACUGGUCCUACAGUGCCUCCGCGUACGCUGGACCUCACUUCCGUCUGGCAGGCGAUGCUGGUUGCUUUAUUGACCCAUACUUCUCAUCUGGAGUCCAUUUGGCAUUCGUCAGCGGCCUUUCCGCUGCACUGACUGUGCAAGCAGCCAGGAAGGGCCAGUGUAGCGAGCUUGCUGCAGCCAAAUGGCACUCUGGCAAAGUGACCGAAGGCUACACUCGCUUUCUGCUCGUUGUCAUGACAGUUCUUAAGCAAGUGCGGCAGCAAUCGCGUGCUCUGCUGGCGAAAGAGGAGGAAGAAGGCUUCGAGCGGGCUUUCAAUUUCAUACAACCCGUGAUCCAAGGCACUGCCGAUGCUGAAUCGAGCGACGCUGCAAUCCAGCGGAAGGCGGCGGCAGGCGUGGAGUUCGCUCUCGGCGUGAAUGAGAUCUCCGCCGCACAGCAGAAAGCGGUCCUCGACAAAGUUCAGGAUGCUGGCCACGAUGUCAAUGGUCUAGAGAAGCUGACGGACGACGAGGUUGAGAUCCUCAAGGGCAUUGCCGGGAAGCAGCAAGCCCUGACGCUGCACGCGUCCAAUAUUGAGGCAUUGGCGGGCGAUACCAUCAACGGCCUCGCAGCUGUCAUCGAGCGAGGCAAGAUUGGUCUCCGUUCGGCGAGCGUGCUCCCCGAAGCAGAGGCGCUGCAUGUGCUGGGGGUGGAGGCGGAGGAGCGCGAGAGGAUGAUGAAUCUGAACAGGACGCUGGCCGUCGAGGCGUGA